AUGGGGACCUUUGAUCUGUGGACAGAUUACCUGGGUUUGGCACGCCUGGUUAGGGCUCUGAGUGGGAAAGAGGAGCCUGAGACCAGGCUGAACCCCCAGCCAGAGCCAGAGGGGCCAGUGCCAGAGCCGGUGCCAACACCAAGAGCCCAGGAGGAGCAGCACUGGCUGGAGCCCGCGCCAGCUCCCGAACGCCUGUGUUCUUUCUGCAAACACAACGGGGAGUCCCGGGCCAUCUACCUGUCCCAUGUGCUGAAGGACGAGGCCGGCAGGGUGCUGUGUCCCAUCCUGCGGGACUACGUGUGCCCCCAGUGUGGCGCCACGCGUGAGCACGCCCACACCCGACGCUUCUGCCCGCUCACCGGCCAGGGCUACACCUCCGUCUACAGCCACACCACCCGAAACUCGGCGGGCAAGAAGCUGGUCCGGCCUGACAAGGCGAAGACACAGGACUCAGGCCACCGCCGAGGAGGAGGAGGAGGAGGAGGAGGAGGAGGAGGAGCAGCGGGUUUCAGAGGUGCCGGGAAGUCUGAGCCUUCGCCGCCCUCCGGCUCUCCCUCCAUGUCCACCUAGGAGGCCGCCUCCACCCGGGGAAGGGCACCUGGGCUCCGCCGAAUUGCCAGGAAGAUCACCUUAAGAGGACCGUCCCUACUCCCAGACCCUUCUCCCAGCUUGGGCUCGAUCCCUGGGACGCAGAGGCUGCCUGGGGUUGGCGAAGGAACAGCUGAAAUCGCCCCGUCCUGGGGGACCCCGCCCUUUCUGCCGUGGCCUGUUCCGCUCACAGCUGCCAUCUUCCGGACGCUGGGCAGCCAGUCAACACUCAAUAAAUGCUUAUGAAUGGAUCAGCGACGGACAAGGCC